GCACAUCACUAAUCCCAACUGCCUCGCAACGAGCUUUUCCCCCAUUGACGCUACCUUCUGCUUUACGUGACGCUGGGCCGGAGUGCUUCUUCCAUAAGCGAGGUUCUUAUCGGCUUUCGAGACUCCGCUGAUCAGAUCCCAUUGCCGGAUGUCGGAGUCGGGGCACAGUCAACCUGGAUUGUAUGAACGACGCCGUCGCUGGAACCGGGAGAAGGAACUGGGUCACCAAAGCCUGUCUGGACCAGGGCGAGAGCGUGACUAUGUCCCCUGGGACCGGGAUCGAGACCGAGAUCGAGACCGACGGGAACCAAUGGAUGAACCAGUGGGGACAGUGAUGCAGAAGACACCCAUCAUUCUGGCCAAACCUCCGGCAGAGAGGUCCAAGGUGGCUCCAGCCGCUACCCCUGUCCCAGCACCUCCUGCUGCUCCUGCCAUGGAAAAGCCCAUUGUGCUGAUGAAGUCCCGAGAGGAAGGCAAAGGCCCUGCUGGAACCACAGAGGUGUCUGCUCAGCCCCCUGCAGCUGUGGCCAAGGUGGAGAAGGAAGGCCAGCGUCCCACCCAGCCGGUCUAUCAGAUCCAGAAUCGGGGCAUGGGCUCGGCUGCAUCCGGCGGCAUUAUGGACCCUGUAGUUGGCCAGGCAAAGUUGUUAGCCCCGGAGAAGAUGAAACAUAGCAUCAAGCUGGUGGAUGAUCAGAUGAACUGGUGUGACAGUGCUAUUGAGUACCUCCUGGACCAAACAGAUCUGCUUGUAGUUGGGGUAUUAGGACUGCAAGGUACUGGGAAGUCCAUGGUGAUGUCACUGCUAUCAGCCAAUCAACCUGAAGAAGAUCAGAGGACAUACGUGUUUCGCACUCAGAGCCAAGAAAUCAAAGAACGUGGGGGCAACCAGACUAGUGGAAUCGAUUUCUUUAUUACCCAGGAGCGAAUCAUCUUCCUUGAUACUCAGCCCAUUCUCAGUCCCUCCAUCCUAGAUCACCUGAUCAAUAAUGACCGCAAGCUGCCUCCAGAGUACAAUCUACCCCAUACUUAUGUUGAGAUGCAGUCCCUUCAGAUCGCUGCCUUCCUCUUCACCGUCUGCCAUGUGGUGAUUGUGGUGCAAGACUGGUUUACUGACUUGAGCCUAUACAGGUUCCUCCAGACUGCUGAAAUGGUAAAGCCCUCCACUCCGUCUCCCAGCCAUGAGUCCAGCAGCUCUUCUGGCUCCGAUGAGGGGACCGAAUACUAUCCACACAUUGUUUUUCUCCAAAACAAAGCCAAGAGAGAAAACUUCUGCCCUCGGAACCUGAAACAGAUGCAUCUUGUUAUUGACAAGAUUAUGAUGCAUUCACAUCUGAAAUACAAAGGUACCCUUUCCAUGCUCGAUUGUAACAUAUUCCCUGGCCUGCCACAGAGCUACCUGGACACAGAGGUCAACCUGUUCUUACUGCCCUUCAUGGAUUCUGAAACAGAUGACGUGCUGCCCAGAGCAACCCCGGGCAGCGGCCCUCUCUUCUCCCUCCUUCCUGGAUACAAAGGACACCCCAGCUUCCAGUCUCUCAUUGCCAAGCUUCGGAGCCAGAUGAUGUCCAUGUCCCGGCCUCAGCUCUCCCAUACGAUCCUGACAGAAAAGAACUGGUUCCACUAUGCAGCGCGCAUCUGGGAUGGCGUCAAGAAGUCCUCUGCUCUCUCUGAGUAUAGCCGGCUGCUGGCGUGAGCACCGUGUCUCCAUACUGGAACUGCUGAGAGGCAUUGCCAUCCCUGAGCUGGAGCAGACCAGGGUAUCUGCCCCAUCAUGCCGAGGCCCAGGACGCUAUGUCUCCCGGAGAAGGGAGGUGCAACUCCUUCGGUGGUCCCGGAAGAUUGAAGAGGAAAAAUGCAAGAUUGGCUUUGCCAUCCCUAAAGGACCAUCUUGUUCAAAACGGAUCUUGUCCCUUGGGGUCUGGCCUAGAUGGGAGAGCUGCUCCUAUACUAAUUCCAGAGCUGCUGGGUCUUGAACAAGGGAGGGUUCAAAUCUGCAGUCUCCUGAUGGGAGGGGGACAAUGAAACUCCUCUGCAUUGCAAUAGCAGGUGAGGCCAAAGAUCAGUGGGGAAUUAGUGUUGUUUGUUUAUUCGCAGGGUUUCCACCCUACUUCAUAAAAGCUUUCAUUUUGCGGGGCAUGUAUCUUGCCUUCUUAUCUCUCUAUUCCAACCUGUGUCCCUUCUGCCUGUUUGGCCCUAUUUUUCCUGGUCCCCUGAUGCAAACUGGACAGACUUCUUUUUUGCACGGAUGGUUAUUCUUGUUUAAUAAACUGUUGAAGUUGCUUCCAUUUUGAUGGAUGUUUUGACACACACAGACACACAAAAUAAAUCACUGUUGUGUGAUCAUCUGCACUUUGCAAGUAUUGGAGGAGUGUCAUUCUAAAGAUGCGGCAGUUUUCACAGUCGUUUUUAUAUGUGGGACGAGAGGUAUCUAGAAAAGUAUUAUAGCAGGGUCUUCUCAUUUUUUAAUUUGCAAUUGGAUUCUUUUUGCCUUCAAUUUUGGCUAGCAAAUUGGCUCCGGUUUGAACAAUUUAGUCCAAUACAGAUUGAAGAUAAGAAUUUAUUGAAUUAGGGUCUUCAAUUCACUUUCAAAAAUCAGUUUGACUUUGAACAGAUCUUUAAGUCGAUUCAGUUCAGUUUAACUUGAAUCAUCAAUCCAAAAUGGACUUGAUUGAAUGGCUUUGAAUUGAAAUCUAUGGAUCAAAACCUCACCUCCUAUGUUUCUAAUAUAGUGUUUGCUCUCCAGUUUUAGACAGUAUUGUGAGUUUCAUCCAGUAUUGCUUCGCAUCUGAAGAGUGGCAGAAUCCUAAUACAUAACAUGCACAUUCAAAUUUGUCACAGUAUCCAAAUAAAUUGAUGUAAAAGUUUUUUAAAGGGUCUUAUUUUUGGCAAGGAACUAAUAUUUUUAUUUGUAAUGUUUCUGACUUAGUAUCUUUGGGGUGCCCCAGAAAUUCUUUUUCCAAAAGGCAGCUGGACUUUCUUGGUUUUUUUCCUUUGAAAACAUUUCAUGUCUCAUCCAAGAAGUUCAGAAGGAGGUUUCUUGGAUGAGAAGUGA